GACACACUCUCUCUGUUUAAAUCUAGAUUAAAACACAUCUCUAUCACCAAGCAUUCGAAUAAUGCAUCUCAUAAAUUGUGACUGCAGUUGUAUCUGAUCAAAUGCGCAUUAUUAUCCUAUAGCUUGGGUUAAACGGUUUCUAAAGAUCUGAGCACAGGUUUCAGGAAGUCUUGAGUCUUUAACACAUCUGUGUCUUUAACCAUCUGUCAUCAUUCAGUCAGUAUGGAGCUCAGUCAACUUCCUCUUCUGCUCUUGCUGAUUUCAAUCAUCUACUCUGGACAAACUGAAGAAACACCAAAACCCACAGUGACCAUCAAACCUGCUCAGCAUGUGUUCAGAGGAGAGACAGUCACUCUCAGAUGUGACAUAAAUGCUGAAGGAGUCACUCGCUGGCAGUACGGCUGGUAUAAAGACGGUUCAGACUAUGUUUCCAGUGAACUACAGGAACUCACAUUCAGUUCUGUUACUGAGUCUGACGUGGGUAAAUACUCCUGUAAAGGAUCAGAGAGAGGAGGAUCACGGACAUCACACCGCAGUGAUGAAGUUACACUGACAGUAUCAGAUCCCAGAACAGUAUUAAGUGUUUCUCCUCAGACGUGGUUGACUGAAGGAGAUCCAGUGACUCUGAUCUGUGAGGUUAACGGCUCCUCUACAGGCUGGACAUUCAGCUGGUUCACUGGAACUUUCUCAUCAGACUACAGAUAUCAUUAUGAUCUGCUCUCAGACAGCAGCAGAGGAGCUGGAGGAAAAUACACUGUCAGUUCUGCUACAGUAAAUCACACAGGAGUUUAUGUGUGCAGAGCAAAGAGAGGAGAACCAGUCUAUAACACAACCAUCAGCAACAAACAGUUAAUAUUGGUCACUGGUGUUUCUCCUCCAGUCUCUCUGAUGGUCAGUCCCAGCAGAACUCAACACUUCACAUCUGUCUCUCUCUCUCUGAGCUGUGAGGACCAGAGUAACUCUACUGGAUGGACAGUGAGAAGAUACACAGAGAGCAGGCGGCUGAAAAAUUGUACAUCAUUACGUCGAGGAUCACAAACAGGAUCUUCAUGUACAAUCAGAGACACCAGAACAUCAGACACUGGAGUGUACUGGUGUCAGUCUGACUCUAGAGAGAGAAGUCAUCCUGUUAAUAUCACUGUACACUCUGGUGUGAUUCUGGAGAGUCCUGUUCAUCCUGUGACUGAAGGAGAAACUCUGACUCUUCGCUGUUUAGAUCAAUAUACAUCCUCACCAAACCUUAGAGCUGAUUUCCAUAAAGAUGGGUCACUCAUCCAGAGUCAAACUACAGAGAUGAUCAUUUCUACUGUCUCAAAGUCAGACGAGGGUUUCUACUCCUGUAAACACCCAGAGAGAGGAGAGUCACCCGAGAGCUGGAUCUCAGUCACAGCUUCCUCCAGAAGAUCAGGAUCUGAUGAUCUCAGUCCAGUGAUAGCUGGAAUUACUGCUGGACUCUCAUUUUUCAUCAUUGUCUUCUUGGUCUUUCUGUGGCGUUACAGAAACAACAAAGGUGGAGGAUCUGAGUCUCUCUCUCGUGUCAGUCAACAGCAGAACAGCAGUCAGACAUCAGACCAGAACCAGAGUGAAGCAGGAAAUAAAACACUCAUGUCUGGAACUGCUCAUAUUUAUGACUCUGGUGAUGCAGCAAUUAAUAAAGACAUAAGCACAGACAUUGUAAGUGGAACAACUGAAGUCACCUAUUCUGAGAUUGAACUCAAACCUACAGAGAAACAGAAGAUAAAGAAAGAUAACAAAGGGAAAACCAGUGAAAGUUCUGACACUGUUUACUCUAAACUGAACCUGAAAACCCAUCAAGAUGCUGGAUCUAGUGACGUGACGUAUGCUCAGAUUAAAUAAAUGGCUGGAGGAGAAACUUUCAAUCCCAGGACACUGAUGAGUUUAGGCUGAGAAGGGCUGGAGAAUGACCAGAAUAAUCAAUUCUUAUCAUCUUUGUGAUGAUGAACUCUUGAAAGCAAUAGAUUUAGCAGUGUUUAAUGUCUGUGAUUAUCCUUUUAGCUCUAUUCUGUAUUCUUAAAGGUAACGUCAUUGCAUAGGAGAGAAAGAUUGUUGAUUGCAAAGCCUGUGUGUGUGUGUGUGUGUGUGUGUGUGUGUGUGUGUGUGUGUGAAAAUCUCAGUUUCCCUUCUUUUCUUCUUGAUCUUAAAUGUAUUUGUAGUAGGUGUUUCAUGGAAACAGCAGGGAAUUUUGAAAUUGUCAUUUCCAAGAGUGGAAAAAAAAUUGUGUAAUAGAUGCAUAUCAUGAAUGUUGAAUUUUCUAGCUAUUUACCUCUA